CUGCCCCUCAGCCGCCGGGCCCGGCCCAGGCCGGGGGGCAGCGCCCCGGAGGGCGGCCUCGCCUUCUACGUGCUGUGGGCGCUGCGGGAGCCGCCGCGGCGGCUCGGCAGGUGCGGCCCGGCCCGGCCCGGCCCGGGCAGGGGCAGCCCCGGGGGCUGCGGAGGGGCCGGCUCGGCCCCGGCCUUGCCUAGGGGUGGGCUCCUCGGCGGACCGGGGGCGACCUGCACGCCUCCCCUCUCCCCUCUCCCCUCCGGAGCUGCCCCUGCCCGCGGGGCUGCACUCCCUUCCCAGGAUACUGCUUUUUCCCCUGGCAUAAAUCAAGCCUUUUCAUACGUUUUGUUUGACCUUCCAUUUUACUCCUGGACGAUUAUCUUUAUUUUUCUUCCCUCCCCUCGAAGCCAGUCCAGCAAGAUGGGUUUCCAGGCUUGGCUGCCCGUGCCGUUGCCGAAGCAGCUGGUGGUGUUCGGGCUGGGGGACUGGAGCUGUUACUCGCCGGACACAAGCGUUGCGGUGGACGUGCUGGUGUCCCCGGGCAUCGCGCCGCAGCGGAUCGGCACGCUGGAGCCCACUCGCAGGUCUCUGGUGUGGGAAGGCAACUGGAGGACUGAUAUUUUCAUGGCCUCGUUGAAGGACAGGGACAAAGGCAACACUGUGAAGCUUGUUCUGACUGUCAAUGGACAGCUUCUGCGAGGUGUCUCCAGCAGUACACCCACCCACUCCUUCCUCGUCCCAGAGACCACCCAGUCACCAGUACUCACAGCAGAUGAUAUAACCCUUGACCAGGACCUGGAGGAUCCUACUGUGGUUAAGAGUCAGAGCUCAGAGGUGACAGAUGGAGCAUCCAGGCCUAGGAGGAAGGACAUCUCCCCACCACUGAGGACCCUGGUGGUACCCUGUGCCCUGAAGUCACCAUCUGGCAAGGUGGAACCCAAUGAGGUCUGGAGGAAGAGUACUGUCCACUCCAAGAUGCCCAGGAAAGUUUUAUUUGAACCCACAGCAUUUGAGAGAGACCUCGAUGAAGAAGAUCUGGCAGUGGAGGAGUUGCAAGGCAGUCCCAGCCCACGGUGGUGCCAUGCCAUGUGCCUCAGUGACCUGGGGACAGCUGUGCUGAUCGGCGGAGAAGGUCUCAAUCAGCAGUCCUGCAAGGAUGCACUCUGGAAGCUGGAAAUUGACAGUGAUUUCUGGCUCCCAGUGGCUUUCCAGCAAGAAAACUCCAUGCCAUUGUGCUUGCGUGGUCACACAGCUACCUAUGACCCAGACACCAAGCGUAUCUACAUAUUUGGGGGUAUAAGAGAGGACAAAGACUACAGUGGCAUCUACAUUCUGGACACAGUCACCUGGAAAUGGCUCCUCAUGGCUGCUAAAGGGAGGAUGCCAGCGCUUACCUACCACAGUGCAAGUAUCUACCGCAAGGAGCUCUUUGUUUUCGGAGGGACUUUGCCCAAAAAGGCAUCACUGGCAGUUGGACCCUGCAGCAAUGUGCUCUAUGUGUUCAAUCCAGAGCAUGAAAUUUGGUACCAACCCAUCUCAGAAGGGGAGAAGCCUCUACCUAGGUUUGGGCAUUCAGCUACUCUACUGAAGAACAAGCUGCUGAUUUUUGGGGGUCGGAGGACUUCUCUCUACCUCAGUGACAUGCACAUCCUGGAUCUGGGUUUCAUGGAAUACAUACCAGUGCCUCUCCUCGCAGGACAGCCUUCUGCACGUUGUUUUCAUGCAGCUCUGGCUGUGUCAGACCAGAAGGUUCUGAUCAGCGGAGGCUGCAAUGCCAGGGGAGCCCUGCAGGAUGCCUUUGUCUUCCACCUAGGAUGCUCAGGUUCUGCAAAUGCAAGCGACCUCCAGGUUAGAUUGACUGUUGCAGACUGGAUCUUGCCCGAAGCCUCAUCCAGUGGAGAAGGGAGAGGAGGAGUUGCCAAGCCUGAACCCCCAGCCUGAGCUCAGCCCUGACCUCACCCUCGCCAAAUCAUGCACCCUGCUGUAUCUCUCUUGGGACUGUCCUUCUGUAACAGCUGCCAGGAUAUCCCUUUGCGUUUGUCACUUGUCUUCUUCCUAAAACAUCCUAGAUCCAGAAGUGAAACCAUAUGGGUUCAGCUGUUUCUGGAAAGAACCCUGGGGUGCUAUAGGAUUUUCUCUGUACGAAAUACUGCAUUGUUGCCAUUGGCAAAUCAGGCAGAGGCUGAGCAGACAUUUCAUCUGCUAACACAGUCUUAAGGUCUGCCACUCUAUUGGCAGGCAACAACUUAAAGAGACUGAGCUUUUCAGAGAUACAGUCUCCUGGAAACCUGUCCUGGUUUUCCCAUUUGCAUGGAUGU